GCGGCUGCGGCGGCGGGAUCCGGGGACCCCGCUCGGGCUGGGGCUGUCGGCCGCUGGGCGGAGACACUGGCGCGGGGGGUAGCUCGGGUCUGGGCUCGGGCACCGCGCAGCUCUCCCCGUCUAAAAGUUGGUUUUAAUUGGUUGCCCACAGGAUUGACUUGGCCUCUGCUACUUGUUAAGAAAAUACAUCUGUUGUUUUUUCAGGUGUGUGUUAUUUCAGCGCAGCAUGGCUGUGGUCAUCCGUUUGCAAGGUCUCCCAAUUGUGGCGGGGACCAUGGACAUUCGCCACUUCUUCUCUGGAUUGACCAUCCCUGAUGGGGGCGUGCAUAUUGUAGGGGGUGAACUGGGUGAGGCUUUCAUCGUUUUUGCCACUGAUGAAGAUGCAAGGCUUGGUAUGAUGCGCACAGGUGGUACUAUUAAAGGGUCAAAAGUAACACUAUUGUUGAGUAGUAAAACUGAAAUGCAAAAUAUGAUUGAACUCAGUCGUAGGCGUUUUGAAACCGCCAACUUAGAUAUGCCACCAGCAAAUGCUAGCCGAUCAGGACCACCUCCUAGUUCAGGCAUGAGUGGUAGGGUAAAUUUACCUACCACAGUUCCCAAUUUUAAUAAUCCUUCUCCCAGUGUGGUUACUGCAGCCACAUCUGUGCAUGAAAGCAACAAAAACAUCCCUACGUUUUCCACAGCCAACAUAGGAACAGCCCCUCCAAAUAUCGGGGCUUCCUUUGGGAGUCCAACAUUUAGUUCAACUCUACCUAGCACAGCAUCUUCCAUGAGCACAGUCCCACCUCCCCCAAUUCCUCCAAUACCAGCAAUGCCCUCCUUGCCACCAAUGCCAUCUAUUCCUCCAAUACCUGUUCCUCCUCCUGUACCUACAUUGCCUCCUGUGCCUCCCGUGCCCCCGAUACCUCCUGUUCCUCCAGUGCCACCCAUGAGCCCUAUGCCACCUCUGUCAGGAAUGCCUCCCUUGAAUCCACCACCAGUGGCACCGAUACCUACUGGGAUGAAUGGGUCUGGAGCAGCACUGAAUCUGAACAGUAACCUGAACCCAAUGUUUCUGGGUCCUUUGAAUCCUGUUAAUCCUAUUCAAAUGAACUCUCAAAGUAGUCUGAAGCCACUUCCCAUCAACCCCGAUGAUCUGUAUGUCAGUGUCCAUGGGAUGCCCUUUUCUGCAAUGGAAACUGAUGUCAAAGACUUUUUCCAUGGGCUUCGUGUAGAUGCAGUGCAUUUGUUGAAAGAUCAUGUAGGCCGAAAUAAUGGGAAUGGAUUAGUUAAGUUUUUCUCCCCUCAAGAUACAUUUGAAGCACUGAAAAGAAACAGAAUGCUGAUGAUUCAACGCUAUGUUGAAGUCAGCCCUGCCACAGAGAGACAGUGGGUAGCUGCUGGAGGCCAUAUCACUUUCAAGCAGAGCAUGGGACCUUCUGGACAGACACACCCCCCUCCUCAGACACUCGUCAGGUCAAAGUCGCCUAGUGGGCAGAAAAGGUCAAGAUCGAGAUCUCCACAUGAGCCUGGUUUUUGUGUGUAUUUGAAAGGUCUACCCUUUGAAGCAGAAAACAAACAUGUUAUUGAUUUCUUUAAAAAGCUAGAUAUUGUGGAAGAUAGUAUUUAUAUUGCUUAUGGACCCAAUGGGAAAGCAACAGGUGAAGGUUUUGUAGAAUUCAGGAGUGAGUCUGAUUACAAGGCAGCUUUGUGUCGUCAUAAGCAAUACAUGGGGAAUCGCUUUAUUCAGGUUCACCCAAUAACUAAAAAGGGAAUGUUAGAAAAGAUAGACAUGAUUCGGAAGAGACUACAGAACUUCAGUUAUGAUCAGAGAGAGAUCAUUUUAAAUACUGAGGGAGAUAGCUCGCCAAAAUUAUGUGCACAUAUAUCAAAUAUUCCAUUCAACAUUACCAAGAUGGAUAUUCUACAAUUCCUGGAGGAAAUUCCAGUGGAUGAAAAUGCUGUACAUAUUCUUGUUGAUAACACUGGUCAAGGGUUAGGGCAGGCAUUGGUUCAGUUUAAAACUGAAGAUGAUGCACAUAAGGCUGAACGCUUACAUCGUAAAAAACUUAAUGGGAGAGAAGCUUUAUUGCAUGUAAUUACCCUAGAAGAUAUGAGGGAAAUUGAAAAAAAUCCCCCAUCCCAAGUGAAAAAAGGGUUAAAAAUUCCAUUGCCAGGUAAUGCCACAGUGCCAGGAAUGCCAAAUGCUGGAGGUGAUGAGCAUGCCUUCCUGACUGUGGGCUCAAAAGAAGCAAACAAUGGCCCUCCUUUUAAUUUUCCCAGUAACUUCAGUGGGUCAAAUGCCUUUGGCCCACCACUUCCACCACCAGGAUUAGGAGGGGCCUUUGGAGAUGCCCGGCCUGGAAUACCUUCUGUUGGAAAUAGUGGUUUGCCUGGUUUAGGUAUUGAUGUUCAGGGUUUUGGAAGUGGUCCAAAUAAUUUAAGUGGACCAUCAGCUUUUGGAGCAGCUCCUCAGAAUUUUGGAAAUGGACCUGGUACUCUGAGUGGUCCUCCAAGUUUUGGAGGUGGACCUCCAGGUCUUGGUAGUACUGCUGGACAUUUGAGUGGACCACCAAGCUUUGGUCCUGGGCCUGGAGCACUCCAUAUUGGGGGACCCCCUGGAUUUGGAACAACUUCUGGAAAGCCAGGCCCAACAGUUAUUAAAGUUCAAAAUAUGCCCUUCACUGUCUCCGUUGAUGAAAUUUUAGAUUUCUUUUAUGGCUACCAAGUGAUCCCGGGCUCAGUGUGUUUAAAAUACAAUGAAAAAGGCAUGCCCACAGGUGAAGCAAUGGUUGCAUUUGAGUCUCGAGAUGAAGCCAUGGCAGCUGUUGUUGAUUUAAAUGACAGACCUAUAGGCUCAAGAAAAGUCAAACUUAUGGCCCACUGUGUGACCUCGGUACAGCUGUCCAUCUCCUGUGACCACCUCAUCGAUAAGGACGUUGGCUCCAAGUCCGACCCACUCUGUGUCCUGCUACAGGAUGUGGGUGGGGGCAACUGGGCUGAGCUCUGUCGGACAGAGCCCAUCCGGAAUUGCUCCAGCCCCGAGUUUUCUAGACCACUGCCAAUCGACUAUCACUUUGAAACAGUCCAGAAGUUGCGUUUUGGUGUCUAUGACAUUGACAACAAGACCCCUGAGCUCGGAGAUGAUGACUUCUUGGGGGGAGCUGAGUGCACCCUUGGACAGAUUGUAUCCAGCCAGAUGGUGACCCUGCCCCUAAUGUUGAAGCCUGGGAAGCCAGCUGGGCAAGGAACCAUCACGGUCUCAGCUCAGGAGGUAAAGGACACUCGAGUGGUGACCAUGGAGGUGGAGGCCAGGAAUCUGGACAAGAAGGAUUUUCUGGGCAAAUCUGAUCCAUUCCUAGAGUUUUACCGACAGGGUGAUGGAAAGUGGCAUCUGGUCUACAGAUCUGAGGUGAUUAAGAACAACCUGAAUCCUACGUGGAAACGCUUCAGUGUCCCUUUGCAGCAUUUCUGUGGGGGAGACCCUACCAUACCCAUCCAGGUGCGCUGUUCAGACUAUGACAGUGAUGGCUCUCAUGACCUCAUAGGCUCCUUCCAGACCAAUCUGACCCAGCUGCAGGGCACCCCUGUGGAAUUUGACUGUAUUCAUCCUGAGAAACAGCAGAAAAAGAAGAGUUACAAGAAUUCAGGGACCAUCCGGAUCAAGGCCUGCCAGAUUGAGGCAGAGUUCUCCUUCUUGGACUACGUGAUGGGUGGCUGCCAGAUCAAUUUCACAGUGGGUAUAGACUUCACUGGAUCCAACGGGGACCCUUCCUCUCCAGAUUCCCUGCAUUACCUGAGUCCCUCUGGGGUCAAUGAAUACCUGACAGCAUUGUGGAGUGUGGGCUGUGUGAUCCAAGACUAUGACACGGACAAACUGUUUCCGGCUUUUGGAUUUGGGGCCCAGGUGCCCCCCGACUGGCAGGUCUCUCAUGAAUUUGCCUUGAACUUCAAUCCCAGUAACCCUUACUGCCCAGGUAUCCAGGGCAUUGUAGAUGCCUAUCGCCAAUCCCUGCCUCAGGUCCGACUCUAUGGCCCCACAAAUUUCGCCCCCAUUAUCAACCAUGUGGCCCAAUUUGCCACCCAGGCAGCACAGCAGGGAACUGCCUUGCAAUACUUUGUGCUGCUCUUGCUGACGGAUGGGGCUGUAUCAGACGUUGAGGCUACAAAGGAGGCUGUGGUGCGGGCCUCACGCUUGCCUGUGUCCAUCAUCAUCGUGGGUGUUGGGGGUGCUGACUUCACAGCCAUGGAGGAGUUGGAUGGCGAUGGAGGUCCCUUGCGAGCUCGCAAUGGAGAGACUGUUGCCCGAGAUGUUGUCCAAUUCGUGCCUUUCCGCCAGUUUCAGAGUGCCCCGAAGGAGGCACUGGCCCAAGCAGUCCUUGCUGAGGUGCCCCGGCAGCUCGUGUCUUACUAUAAGGCACAGCGUUUGGCUCCUCACAAGCCCCCAGUCCUGCCUGCCAAGGACCCUGCACCAGCCCCCAAGAACUAAUCAAUUAAACCAAUCCCCUUCUUCUGCACACUGUCUCUUUCUAUGCCUCGUUUCUCCUCUCAGUGGGAGGAGGAACAGAGCAUCAUCUGUCCCAGGGCGGACAUUUGCACUUGCAACUUUGGGCUCCCUCAAGGGCUCUGUGUAUGCCAUAGGCCAGGCCAGUCUCAAGCCAACCUGGCCCCAGCACAUUUUAUAUCUUUUUAUAUUUGUAUACAUUAGACUAUUAAUGCUUUCCUCUCUUCAUCAUGUACACAUCCCCUGUGUUCAAUAAAGAUCAGUCAAGACUGA